AUGGCCGACGUACCCAUGUUCGUUAUCUCGGAGAAUGCCUCGUCUGAACGUCGUAUUACCCCUUCGUGGAGCAUCGACACGUUCAAGACAAAGCUCGAGCCCAUCACCGGAAUCCCGCCCUCGAGCCAGCGUCUCAGCCUCAAGAGCUGCAAGGGCGCGGAGAGCAUUGCCCUCGAGGCGGCCGAUGAGGAGAAUACACCCUUGAGCAGCUUUGCGCUGACCGCGUAUGGCGAGAUACAUGUAUCUGAUACCCGUCCGGCGGGUAUGCGCGUCAACUUCAACGACACCUCGGGAGUGGAGAAAUAUGUGAUGCCCGAGGGGGAGUACGAAAAGAAGACGGACUCGGUGCUGGCAUGGAAAAAGGCCCAGAAGCUCGGCCGCUUCGACCCCAAUGCGCCAAACCAGGAGCAGAUGCGUGUGUCUGGCUUCGAACAAGAUAUUGAGCAGCGCGGUAUCACGGUGGGAAAGCGGUGCCGUGUUGGCGGCGAAGACACGCGCCGGGGCGUGGUCAAGUACGUGGGCGAAGUUGCCGAGAUUCCCAAUGGCGCGGGGCCCUGGAUCGGAGUGCAUCUGGACGAGCCCGUUGGCAAAAAUGACGGAAGCAUCGCUGGGAAGCGGUACUGGGGUGAGGAGUCGGCGAUGAAGCAUGGCGUCUUUGUUCGGCCAGAACGGAUCGAGGUGGGCGAGUUCCCGGCCAUGGAUGACUUGGAGGACAUGGAAGAGAUUUGA